AUGGUUCUUAAGCAUACGUCCUGGGACUGCAUCAGCCCCUGCAGCUUUCCUCGAGUUGACCCCCUCAGUGUGCACUUCACCUCGUACUCCCCCACAGUGUGGCUGUGGGGGUGUUUGGGAGGUGAUGGAGCUGAUGUUUCACCACUCAGACGCCACAAGAGGGACUGGAUUGUUCCAACAGCGGCACUUAAAGAGAACCUUGACUACACAAAAGAAGGUUAUGUUGCCAGGAUCAGGUCGGACAAGGACGAGCAAGACGUCCUGUACUACAGUCUACGGGGUCCUGGGGCCAGUUUAGACCCAGUUAACCUGUUCGUUGUGGGGGAGGACUCUGGAUUGGUGUAUGUUCGAGGAACACUGGACCGAGAGGAGAGGGAAACGUACAUUCUGACAGGAAUCGCCAGACUUAGUAACGGAGAUGUGGCUGAAUCCAGAAUAGACCUGAAAUUCGAAGUGGAAGACGAGAAUGAUAAUCCACCUGUUUUUGGCCCUGUACCUCCAGCUACAAUCUAUGAGUCCAGUCCUGCAGGGACUCUGGUUGGGAUAAUCCAAGCUACAGAUGCAGACAAGGCGAACUGCUCCCAUUCAAAGAUUGCUUACAGUAUUGUGAAGCAGGAGCCCUUUGAUGGGAAAGACCUCUUCUACAUAGACAGAGAAACCGGAUCCAUCUACGUCUCAGACAACAGCUUAGACAGAGAGACACAAAGCUCCUACAUUCUAACAGUUAAAGGAAUUGAUCUGAACGGAGCUCCUGACGGUAACACAGGCACUGGGGCAAUUCAGAUCACGGUACUGGACAUCAAUGAUAACGUACCCACACUGGAAAAAGACCAGUAUGCAGGUAGCAUUGUGGAGAACACAGCCGAUGUGGAGGUCAUGAGGUUCAAAGUGCUGGAUGCAGAUGAGGAUAAUACUGACAACUGGCUGUCUGUUUUUGAUAUUGUCUCUGGAAACGAAGAUGGGAUAUUUAGCAUAAAGACUGAUCCCAAAACCAAUGAGGGUGUUCUGAUGCUUGAAAAGCCUGUUGAUUUUGAGACAAAUCCUGGUAUUAAUCUUGGAGUUGUAGUAUCCAAUGUUGCCCCAGCUGGAGCAGGAGGAGGAGCAGGAGGAGGAGCAGGAGCAGGAGCAGGAGGAGGAGCAGCAGGAGGAGGAGCAGGAGGAGGAGGAGCAACAGGAGCAGGAGCAGGGACUGGUGUGGGCACUGGUAAAAGGCCAACCAAGAGAAGGCCAAAAACAGGCAAACGUUACCCAGUGAGCAUCGCGGUGCUGAACGAGCCUGAGGGAGUCGCCUUUAAACCAGCAGUGAAGCCGGUCUCUGUUUCCGAGAACCCGGAGGAGAUUCGAUUGAUGGAGGUGAUUGCUGUCUUCCCAGCCACUGACACUGACACUGGAGAGCUUGCAGAAAAUGUUCGAUACGCUAAAGGCGAUGAUCCUGACAACUGGCUGCUGAUUGAUCCAGAAACAGCAGAGAUUAAACUUCAAAAGGCCCCAGACAGAGAGUCUCCGUUCUUGGUUAAUGGAACUUAUUAUGCUAAAAUACUGAGUCUGACUCAGGAGGUGCCUCCUAGGAUGGUCACUGGAACAAUAGCGUUGCAGGUGGGAGAUAUAAAUGAUAACUGCCCCACACUGGCCAGCCACACGGAGUACAUCUGCUUAGACACAGAAGUCAUUAAUGUCACGGCAGUGGAUGAGGAUGCAGACCCAAACUCAGCUCCAUUCAGCUUCCGCCUAGUGGCUGAGGAAAGCGAGGGCGAGUGGAGGCACGAACCUUUAAAUGACACCAGUACAUCCCUCAGGGCUUUGAAACCGCUGUGGCCUGGUCACUACAAGGUUACCUUUAUCAUCGAGGACCAGCAGGGCCUGGCCUGCCCAGACCCUCAGCAGCUGGACCUACAUGCAUGCUCCUGUGAGGGAGCAGACACAUGCAGAGAACUUGUUUCAGCUGGCCGAGUAGCUUCGCUCAAGGAAACUUCAUCUUCAUUAGGAGGACUAGGAGUGGGGGCAGUCAUCCUGGGACUGCUGAUGCUACUUAUUGUAGGCUUCUUACUGACGACCUGCUCGUGUGGAGAAGUGUCAGGGUCCUUCACUGAACUUCCUUUUGAUACCUUAGAACACUUGAUUGUGUAUCAUACAGAGGGCCGAGGCGAGAACAAGGAUGUCCCUACACACAUCUCUCCUGUUCAGUUGUCGCCUCCUGCCAUAUCUGCUGCAAGGGCCAACAAUGUAGCUUCUAACAACAAAGAUUACACAUCAACUUCCUUUUGGAGUGUCAAGAUGGGCUCUGCCAACAAAUCUUACAUGUCCAGAUACGGGGCCAACGGCAGGAUCCUGGAGAGCAGCGCUGGAGAGUUCCGAGGGAGCCAGAGAGAGAUGUAUUCAAUGGAGGAGCAACUCCUAGAGGAUGAUGGCUUGGAUGGCAUGGCCGUCUCUGAUGAGUUUCUGCAUCAGUACUACUCUCAGAAGGCGAGCUGCGUAGCAGGGAAGCAGGCAGCGGUGGAUUGUCUGCGGGAGUAUGACUAUGAGGGCCAGGGCUCCUCUGCUGGCUCAGUGGGCUGCUGCAGCCUCCUGGAGUCUGGCAACGACCUGCAGUUCCUUGAAGACCUCGGGCCAAAGUUCAAGACUCUGGCUCAGAUCUGUUCUCCCCCUCGACCUUCAACACCUCUGACACAAAGUAUCCUCCCCCCAGAGGUGGAUAAAGGUGCCCGUGUUGCCGUGCCCCCAUCGCAGAAUAAACCCCUCAGCAUCCAUAGCGAGAUCCCAAAGCAGAAUCAAAAUGUUGUCAUCAGUCGGUCUGCCUCCUGCGUCACGGGCUUCGACAAGACAUCCGCCAGCAGCAAGCGUGUGAAAACAUCUACCAACUCCGUGGGCUUUAAUGGAGCAGCUUCCUGCAGCAUGCAUGGCCAGUCUUCACACAGAGCUGGCAACACGUGUCAGUCACCUCAUAUUAGUCCUGUUACCACAGCCAUGCUGCCCUCUCCUGGUCAGAUGCUUCUACUGCAGCAGCAGCCUGUCUACUUCACCACCAGCCCCGUGAUGCAGCCGAUGCACUACAUCAUCCAACCACAGCUUCAGAGCACAGUGCUGCUGGAGGAUGAUGCUUUCAGCAACCAGCAGGGCGUGAUUGUGCAUGGGGGCAACACUACCGGAACUUUAGCUUUUGGAAGAACAAGCGGCUACACCGAAAUCAUGGAGAACCGAGAAAUGGGGACAUUACCGAGGUCUUAUCGUCCAGAAAAGGUGAUGGGUGGCUGGAGGAGGGGUGGAAGGAUCGUGUCGGAUGGCGGAGCUAGUGCAGGCCAAUGUAAUGUAGUGAUGCUGACAGGUCGACAAAUGAGUGUAGGAGCAGCAGGGUCUGAAGAGGCACAGCUAGUGUUCCCACAGAGCAAGAACAAGAGCAGAUCGAGGUCGGUAGCCUCAGCAGAAACACGUUUCAUGUAUUAG